AUGUCACCACCCCUCUUGUCCAAGCCCAAAGAAGGCGAAGUCCUACAACUCUACCUAGCCGUCAGCUCAACAGCAGUUAGUGCGGUCCUAGCUCGAGAAGACGAAACGCAACAGCUACCUAUCUACUACAUCAGUAAGUCACUACUAGAAGCAGAAACCAGGUAUUCCUCCCUCGAAAAACUCGUUUUAGCACUCGUUACUACAGCCAAAAAGCUAAGGCAUUAUUUCGAAACUCACCAAAUAGUGGUGAUGACUAAUUAUCCAAUCAAGUAUGUGAUGCGUAGACCAGAACUAACAGGUCGAAUGGAGAAAUGGACGAUGGCGCUAGGAAGCUUCGACAUCAAGUACCAACCGAGAACGGCGGUAAAAUCGCAGGCCCUAGCAGACUUUGUGGCAGACUUUAGCCCCGACUUGGAGAAGAUAGCGGACGACGAAGUCAAAUUCAUCAAUAACGUAGAAAAGGUAUGGACACUCUUCGUCGACGGUUCAUCUAACUUUCGCGGUGCAGGUCUAGGCGUCGUACUAAAGUCACCACAAGGGGACAUGAUAGCACAGGCCAUAUGCUGCGAUUUCAAAGCGACAAACAACGAAGCAGAAUACGAGGCGUUAAUCGCCGGACUGACGCUAGCUGAGGAAUUGGGGGCAAGCAGACUCAACAUAUUCAGCGACUCACAGUUAAUCGUCAACCAGAUCAACGGCGACUAUGAGGCUAAAGACCUAAAAAUGACCUUAUACCUCGAGAAAGCAAAAAAGCUAGCCUCCAAAUUUAAACCCCUCUCCAUUAAACAAGUGCCACGAGACUUGAACACACAAGCCGACGCCCUUGCCAAUCUAGCAUCCGCACUCAGAAAAUCACCGUUCUCGACCAUACCUCUAGUACACCUACUGUCACCCGCUAUUGAAAAAGACAUACCACAAGACGCCAGCCUCGUCCUAUCAACCACAAACACGGAUAGCUGGACCAAGCCCAUUCUCGACUACCUAACACACGAAACCCUACCCGACGACAAGCUCGAAGCCAGGAAGAUACUUUUCAAAGCAUCACGAUAUGUUAUUUUGCAGGGCAUACUAUUUAAGAGAUCAGCGAACGGAAUGUUGAUGCGAUGCGCAGAAAAAACAGAAUGGGAAAGGCUACAAAAAUAA